AGAAUCAGGGUCUUGUUAUUGGUAUCGAUCCUCCGCGGAAAAGCGCAAAAAUUCAAGCGACCUGACAGACAGACUGCCCGACUGAUCGUGCGCAAUGAGUCACCACCGUCCGAGCGAAGGAUGUAGCCUUUGGGGGCUUUUCUGACGUCAACUCAUGUCAGGGAAAAAAGUGGACCUUAAGUAAAAUGGACCUCUCAUGUUAGUGUAUGUUCAACCCAAGACUGAACGGGACCGGCGUGCAGGCAGCGUGGUGCAGCGGCAGAGUAAAACGGGUGAAUGGAUGAAUGAAUGGAUGGAUGGAAGAGAGGAGGAGGAAGAUGGGGGCAGCAGCAUCAGCCGCAGGAGCGUCACUCUUAAACAUUGAUUACUUGUGAUUCUGGCGUAACUAUCUAUGUGUCUGCGGUAAGAAAGCCUGUAUUUGUACUGAUACUGAAAGGAUGAGUAAAGAUCACUGCUUGGGUCCAUGAAAAGUUUAGCAGAUGUUAAAAAAAGUCAGUGUUACAUUGAUGAAAUGUAUCCUAAAGUCAGCUUUCAUGGUGCCUUUUCAGAAGUGUGUAACCCAUGACAUAGGCACUCAUACAUCUCCAUACUAUUGGGGAUGCUGGUUCGUAAACUUCACAGAUAACAAGCAUAGUGGUCCUUCUCCUUGUAAGACUGGAUGUUACUAUUGUGUCCAUGAUUUCCAAAAAGAAUGCCAAAGUGUUUUUGUCGUUUUAGUUCAUUUUAAAGAAGCUUGGGUCCAGAUUAGUAGGGGAGACCGGGGCUUGUUGUCACACUUUUUACACUCUUAUAUAUUUCUUGAAAUCAGUACGUCACUUGUAAGCAAAAUAUGCACCACACAAAAACCAAAGUCUCAGGUAUAUAUUUUGUAUUCAUGUCAUUUUCAUAUCUUGUGUCAGUGCAGAUUUAUAAGCAAUCAAAUAGAGAGUGUGAACAUGCGACAUGUUGCCCCACCAUCGCGUAAGUUGUCUCACUACAUGGGGUAAGAUGUCACAGAGGAUUUUGCAGCUAAUAAACAAGGACAAUAUUAUUGUUGUUCUCCUUUUUCUAUAACUGACUUUGAUGUUCACUUUCAUGGAAAAAUGUUUAUCAUUUAGCUAGAAAAAGUCGUUGAACAAACAUGAACAUAAGAUAUUAUGCAACAUGCUCUGGAGUUUGGAGAUCUGUCUGACUGUAUUUCAGCUGGGGUGAAUGUUUUACAGUACAGAGUCAAGGUAUGGUAGUUGACAUUAAAGUCCUUUAUUUUAGUCCAGAUUGAUUUAUUAGCUAGGGUCACCUGUCUGACUGCCCUCAGUAUCAUGUCAGGUACUGCACUGCCACGUUCAGUUUUUCUUUUGUAUAUCCUGACCAUGUCUUCUUAUUUUCUCCUCUCCUUUAAACCACUCUUUUCUCUGUAAAAGUAAAGUCAAAAUUUAAAUCUGACAACUGCUGAUAAGCAGACUCUUUAUGUUCAUUUUAAUCCCUUUUAAACAUGUGACAACUAACCCCAAAAUGACCGAGACAUGAUGGCCAAACUUCCAUGUUUGCUAAUCCUAGCUCUAGUUUAAAGUUAGCGUAAAACAGAACAAUGACUGAGGUAUGACAGGAUGUCUUAAUCUCUCCUCUUACAAGUCCACGUGUAUCACUGCUAGGAUUUUUAUCUGGAAGAAGCUUAUUUUGAAAUAUGUGAAGUAAUUAUUUUUUACUUUGGGGUGUGUGAAAUGGUUAAUUGGCGCUCAUCUUCUCUUCUCAGAUAGGACACGACCCCUGACCAUGUAAAGGAAGAAAACUAGAAUUCCACUUUUUAGUUACGCCCUCUGGUGGCAUAGAUAUUUGCAAUGUAACAACUUACCCAUGUGACAACAAGCCCCGGUCUCCCCUAAUCAGCAUUUCUUGAUCAUGGUAUGCCAAUUCUUUUCUGUCAGUGGUGUGGUGUUAUCAGGCAUUGUUAUAUGCAAAAUUCUUUAUAAUACCAUUGUCCAUGGACUAUUCUAAAUUUAAAAAAUAUAGGCCUAUACCCGUAAAAUAAUGUACUCACAAACUGGCAAAAAAAAUGGCAUUAAGUGUCAAACAUGUCAUGAAUGCUGCAGAAUAGUGGGAAACCAGAACAUUUUCUCACUGUGUUUAAUAAUUAUUAUAGGUCACAGAACAGAGGCAUGUCCUAACAUGCCAGAUAAGUAAUUUGAUAAAUAUGAGGGGUCGCAGACAGCAGAGAUUCUUAGCAUACAGUGAAGCACAAAAGGAGAACAAUUUAGUUUAACUGUGAGUUGGUUUGACAUGAAAUUAGAAGAAAAAAAAUCUCCUUCCUAAAGAUCCAGGGAGCCAGAGAAGAGAUGUUCUGCUUUCAGCUUCUAUGAACAUUUCUCGCAGUCUAGUGAAUAAACUUACUAAAAAUUGAAAACUCUAAAAAAUAACGUAUCGAAGUAUGUCUAGCUUAUUCCAGAACAACAGGGGAUUAGUCCUGCAGAUGUGAGAAGUAAAUUUUAUCAGGUACCACUGAAAAUGUUCUCCUAAAAACAAAAGUAAUCACAGAAAGCAGAUUCUGAGAGCUACAGUGGCUCAGGAUCAGAGUAAUCUCAUAGGGGAUGUUGUACAGGAAAAAACGCUAUUUAUUUUAAGGUCUUAUUGUUUUGGUCAGAAAUACUUUGCACUCAUACAAAAGGGAGGAUUAUCCUGCACAGCACAGAUCUUAACGUUGGUGCUGCUGGUGUCAGGAAUAGUUCCUAAAAAGAAAAGAGUUCCCCCGCACACAACGUGGUUAGAGUGUUAACAUAUUCAUUGGUUAAAAAACGUGUUUUGCAUAAUAGGCAAGCCUGAUGAAGCCUGCACUCAUAUUUUUUUCUUACAAUUGUGUUUUUUAGGUCAUCAUGUCAAUAAUGUCAACCUUCAUCACAGGUUGACACCUCUCUGUGGAUUUUAAUUGGUAAUUUGACAUACCUUGUGCUGUUGUGAGUGCCAAUGACCUUCAGGUUUUUUUUUUCACAACUGAUUCAGCAUCAUUAUCAUAGACUCCCUCUCACAUUGGCCCUGACUGAUCUUUGAACUGUUAUUAUAAUCUGAGAAUUUACCUUGGGGAUUCAUUUUUUAAACACAGCCAGGGUCUGAGACAGGAGCUCCUCCUGGAAUGUAGUAAUUGUGAGGAAUAGACCUCCUGCCUUUAAAAGCCCACAGGGACUGAUUAGGUGAGGAGGUAGACUAGACUUAAUUACAGUCCCGUGCAGAAUUGGCGAGAAACACAGGGCAGGCUGCACACACUGUUUGUUUACCAGACUUUGACUCUGGGGUAAAGAGGGAUAAUCCAGAAAAAUGAUUUAACGAAAAAUAUAAUUGAACAAAAAAUAUAAUUUGAUCAUGAAGAGGCAUGGAUGGUCCGUGACUCUUUGUUAGACUCUCUGAAGGUAAAGUGUGAAACCACAAGUUCAUGACAUUCACAGAACAUUAGAAUCUUAAAGGAAAAAUAGAAAUAGAAAUAAAUUUAACAAGACUAAAAAUAGGCUUGAACAGAGAUUUAUAGAAACACAAUGGCCAUGUUGUGGAUCUGGUACCAUCUUGUGGUGAGAUUGGUAAAGGCAGAUUCAUAACAUUUUAAUCUCAGUGCCAUGAUGUCCGUCUACAAACGAAUGUUAUUGUCUGUUACAAAGCAGUAUUUAUACUUAACUAUUAUAAAUCUUACAUCUAGCCAAUCAUUUGCAGAACUUCUACAGUUUUCUGAAGCCUUGCAGCCAAGUCUUUGCAAUGUAGACGCGGUUUGGACAGCCGGUGGCGCUGCAGGGGCGUGGAGGACAUAGCAAUGACAGGUUGGCGUGUGUUGCAUUCAGGUACAUCAAGUAAAUCAGUUAUAUCAAUUCAAGAAACCUUAACUUUUUUCUUUUGUUUUGACUGUAAACAAUAAAAAUUAAUGAUACACUUUGUACGAUUAUCCAAGUGGGAUUAUCGGAGUCACCUGGCAGCGCUGAAUUAUUUGUCACUUAUACGGCCUAAUUCAGAGUUUACCAGAUAUCGCAAAUCACCGAUAUUGUAACGACCGUGUGUCUAGUAGGACCCUGAACGCCUCGGAGCUAGACCGUUGUCAAGAGAAGCGUUGCUAACAGUACCACACGGCUGUUGUUGGCACGUAUGUGAAGCCAAGUUUGGGUGUUUUUAACAUUUCCAAACAUCAGUAUACUUGCUGCAGAGCGGUAAGAGUAAUCCCGUUUCUCGAUCCUCUUAAAUACGCCCGGUGUAUCAGCGCUUGCGAUGUAACGUUCACUGUGUUAACAUAGCUUGCUAACAGUUUGGUAGAUACACUGACAACCUGUUGUCUUAACCGGUUUAUUGUCAUAUGUGAGUUUUGGUUUUAGUUAGCGAUGUGAGUAUGUUACAGUAAAACUCUCCUCACGAAUGAUUUGAUAACAUUAACAUUACAAGGUUAGAAGUUUGGCGAAAGCAGCCCUCACACAGUGAACAUUUACCUAUCAGACAUCAACUGGGUCGUCCCAAUUGUCUGAGAAUAGCACUAGCACGGAAGCUAGGUCCCACAGUGCUAUUGUUUUGGCUCUUCCCUGCUUAGUCAUAUUCCACAUGUUAGUUGUCCACGUUACGUUAAUAUUUGCCCAAUUAUGGACAAGUAAUGAAUUCAUUUUCAAGUUUUGAGACAGUUUUGAGGCACGGAAAGCGGCAGAAACUGCUCCAGACGGUGGUCAUUGCUGUAGUGACACAGAUAGUCUGCUCUAGUGUUUCAGUCCUCAGUUCAUCGAUAGUGCGAAGAGUCUCGUUUGUCUGAGAUGGAAAGUAGAGGUGCAAGAAGUGAUUGUACAAUAAAAAUACAAAUCACCUGCAGCAAAGAAAACUAACCUAAUUAUCCAAUGUUUAAAUUUUAAAGCAAUAUACCGAGUACUCAACUAUAACGUCAUAAACACCUGAGCAGUCUAAUGCAAUUCAAUACAACAGCAAUUUUCCUUUGUGUUUGCGCUUCAUAUGAGGUGUGGGUUGUGUUAAAUUGGAGUGUGUUACAUUUAAGGCUGGACGAUAUGGGAAAAAGUUUAUCAUGAAAUAUUUCUUUUCAUAUCAGUCGAUAUUGAUACAUAUGAUAUAAAAAAAUCACUUUUCAAUCUUAAAUGUACCCUGUUACUUUUAAUGAAAUGUUACAGUGUUAAUUGGUAGCAUUACUUUUGCAAUACAAUAAGCUACUUCAUCUGUGAGGUCCUUGUGUCUUUGUGUUUUAAGAUGUAGAGACUAAUUUCAUAGUAAGACAAAACAAAUAGAGAACUGUAGAUUAAUAUCACAGAAAACUUCAAUAAAUGUCCAGAUAUAUUUUGGCUUUACAUGCUGGCGUCCACUUUGUUGUUUGAUGAGCUUAUUUUUAUCAACAUGUCUCACUCCAUAAAAUGAUAAUCAAAGUGGCGCAGGUCAUCCUUGAUGCAGUACCAUCCAUUACUGACACCCAACUUAGCUACAGUAAUUUCCACGCUACAUUCUCAUCCAUCGCUCCUUUGUUUUUCCUUUGCCCAUGAUGUAGAAGAUGCUGGGGUAUAUCUGGCAGUAUGUCUACACAUCAUUCCUGAGGUACUGGCUGAAGUGGCUCGUCCGGCAGGUAACAGGCAAAUGUGAGCUGCAGAGGAUAUGCUCUGGAUGCAAACCUGGGGUAACAAGGACAUCAAAAGCAGGUGAGUUGAAUCAUGCCCGGUAUUGUCUUCCCUCCUGCUUAACUGAUAUCUUUGUCAUUGUAAUAACCUGCCUCUCAUUUUGUUUUACAGAAUACUCUCUCAGGUCAUCAAAGAGCAAGGUAAGAAAAUGAACUACAAGUUAACUGCAAAUGCGGAACUACACAUAAACUUGAUCCCUGCAAAGACAAUAUGAAAACACAAGAGCACACAGAGAAGAGGAAAUGAUAUAUACAAUAUUCUGUAUUACACAGAACAAUCCCAUACAAACAAACACAGACAUCCAUACAACCAAAAACCAGCUGCAUCCUUUCCUCCUGAAAGAGUCUUAAGGGCAGGACAUAUAAGAUAAAUAACUAUAGUAACUUGGUUUAGAUGUUGUCAUUCCUUUAUUUGAUCAGGAUAAUAAUCUCAUCGCAGCAAAUGUGACAGAAACCAGAUCAAUUGUAAGUACAGUAAAUGUGAGGGUAUGCAGGUUCACAGAGGAGUAAAUAGGAAACAACCCCUGCUUUGCAGCAGAUCAGUUUGUUAUCUCUUGUAUGUGUGAACUCCAUCGAGGAUAAAUCCGCUCAGUCUCCUCUUUAUCAGUCCUUAUCUUGUGGUUCACUUGCCAAGCUUGUGAUUGUAGCUUGAUAAGUUUUUUUUUUUUUCUAAAGUGCUUGGUCAUCUUUGUUCAUAGUGUCUGAGGAUGACUUUGAAAUAGUUCAUUAUUAUACAGCUAAGAUUGUUUUUAGUAUCUUGCUGCCAUGCCUUUGCUCUGACUUCUCUUAUGUGUUUUUUUUUUUCCUCUCUCAAUCGCUCAGGUUUUGAGAGGAGCAGUAGACGCCGACAAGAACAAAUUAGAACCAUGUGUGGAUCGGAUAAUGGAAGAAAAGAGCAUCAAACCCCAGAAAGACCCGCUGUACAGUAACAUUUUGUCUGACAACAAGUCAUAUUCAAGAAUGUUUUAAUCUACAAAUAGAUUAUAAAUAGUUUUUUUCUUUUUCUUUUCCAGGUUUAAGGAGAACCUACAUACAUGUUUGUUACAGAUCACAGGCUACAGCAGCCUUUUUGUGUCAGUAGAAGAGCUGAGAAAGGAAGUUUUUGACUCUGAGAACCAUGAGCAUGAGGUCAUGCUGUUGAAGGUGCGUGUUCAUCAUUUGACCAGUAGUUAAGUGAAGAAGUAGUUAAAGUGUGUAACUUUAGGAUUUAUCAUGUCCUCAGCUCUGGGAUCUGUUGAUGCCCAACGUCAAGCUGGAGUCCAGGAUCACCAAACAGUGGGGAGAUAUUGGUUUCCAAGGAGAUGACCCAAAAACUGACUUCAGAGGAAUGGGCAUGCUGGGGCUAAUCAACCUUGUGUGAGUUACUGAUGAGUAAAAAUGAUUUCUUACAAAUAGUUUAGUGCAGUGUAUUCUGACACUACUCAUGAAUAUUCUUCAAUAUUUGAUUUAUGACGAAUUACCUCUGCCAUAAAUCAGUCACAAAAAUUCAGUUACACCAAUAAAAAGGACUACAAGCACACGUGAAAAGAGUGAGACAGGGCAAAUGUGGAUUGCUAGAUAAGGAAACCAAACAGAUUUCCCAGCUGUGAGUCAAUGUGAGCCUAAAAAUGCAGUCCCAAACUGACAAGGAAAUCCAUAGUCAGCGAAACACGUGUAUACUUGUUUGGCACCAAACAAACACCUCUGAUAUUCUCUACUUUGAGAAGGUAUCAUUUUGUUUUUAAGAUGACCAUACUGAAAGGAUUUUGUUCUUUUACAGUUUUUUCAGCGAUAACUACACAGAGGAGGCCCGUCAGGUGUUGUCACAUGCAAACCAUCCCAAACUGGGGUAAGAGACACACAAGAGUUAGUUUGUGUUUCUUCAAGUUACUGCAUAAUAACAUGCUAUUGCCAAAACUGGAUUGAGGAUAUUGGGCCCGCUCUGUAUUUAAAACAUCACUUUUGGCAUUUGCAUUAUGUUUAUUCCUUUACAGGUAUUCUUAUGCCAUUGUUGGGAUCAACUUGACAGAGAUGGCCUACAGCCUCAUGAAGAGCGGUGCUUUGAAACCCCAUUUCUACAACACAGUACAGGGCGCGCCUGAGCUCAAAGACUUUCAUCAGCUCUACUGUGGGUAACCUUUUCUUCCAACCCUGCAACAUCUUUUUGAAUCAAACCUAUAAGUAAUAUGGGAUUUUAUUUCUCUUCUCAUUAUGGCUUUCUUUUCUUACAGGCUAUCUGGCAUAUGAAUUUGAUAAAUUCUGGGUGGCAGAAGAACCAGAAAGCAUCAUGCAUUUCAACCAGUACAGAGAAAAGUUCCACAACAUAGUCAAGACACAUCUACAGGAGCCAGAUGUAUCCCUCACACUGACUGUCUGCUCUAAAAACUAACAUUAAUCCAAAGUGUUCCCUGACCUCUUUAUGGACCCCGGUGUUAUUUCAUGAAAUAAAAGGUCAGAAGACUGAAAGCAGACUGAAGCAUUAAUAUCCCUUAAAAACUGGAGGAAAGAAAGACCUCUGGAUUUUGCCCCUUUUUUGUUGUUGCUUUUGAUUCUUUGGUCCUGCCUUUGUCAUCCUGUCACAGUGAUAGUUAAAUGUUUUCAGAACACAGCACAAACAAACAGCUUAUACCUCAAAAUGACCUUUUCCUUAUUUGAUUAGCCAUUGCUGAGGUGACAACAGAGCUGCUGCAGGAGGAUGUAUGUUCUCUCUGUGGUAAGGGUUAACGCACUUUCACUAACAACACAGCCAAAUAAAUGUUGUAAAAGACAGUAACUGAAAUGGUGAACUUACUUCCAUUUUGCUGUCUUUUUUUGUACUAGAACUUUGUGUUCUCACAGUUGUUGUGCUAAGGAAAAAUCCCUGUGUGUGCAUGUUUUAAUACGUUUCCUCUGGUGUCAUCUGUAUUGUGUAAUAUAGGUGAUGUUUGCCUCUAUUUUCUUAAAUGUAUAUGUCCAAAAAGUACCUUUCUACUGUUCUUUUAUGUGGUGAUUUGCCUUUGAGGAAGGUAUGUAAUGAUUAACACUCAAAGUUGAUAAAAACACAAUUUGAUGUUUUGAAAAUGUGUUUGGUGUUGUGGUGGUGCUACAGGUUAAAAUCAAGCACAGAGUCUGUAUAACAAGUCAGAUAUAUUUAGGGGUUUGUUUUACAUGUUAAUCUGGUCAGCAGUAUUGUGUCUCACAUAAAGGUGCGCCUAUUUAAGCUGCCCUGGGCAUAUGGCAGAGGUUAACACUUUCUCAUGUUUGCACCAUUCAAUCCCAUUAAAUAUGGGAUGUAUUUAUAAUUAUAAAUACAAAUAUAAAGCUGCAUGUUUUUCAAACAUCAAGUACAAGACGACAGAUUGUCCAGUAGUCCUUUUUCAACAAAGGAUUUUCUUCUCUGUCACAAGUGGACAAAAAGAGUAAAACUAAGACAUUA